AAACAUUCGUUCCAAUCAGCCCUGGUUCUCCUUUCCCUGCUCUGGCCCCACAGGAGGAGCUGGCGGUGAGCCGUGGGCCACGCUGGCCUCAGCCAGAUUUCCCGGCCAAACUCUGGAGGAGAGAUGCCCUGGACCAUCCUGCUCUUUGCAGCCGGCUCCUUGGCAGUCCCAGCACCGUCCAUCCUGCUGGUGCCCCCGCACCCCAGCAGCCAGGAAGAUCCCAUCCACAUCGCCUGCAUGGCCCCUGAGGGCUUCCCGGGGGCAAAUUUCACGCUCUACCGUGGUGAGCAGGUGGUCCAGCUCCUGCAGGCACCCAUGGACCAGCUUGGGGUCACCUUCAACCUAAGCGGCGGUGGCAGGGAGGCUCCAGGGGGCCCAUUUUACUGCCAGUAUAGGGUGCUAAGUGAGGACCUGAAGCCGCAGCUGUCAGAUCCCAGUGAGGUGGUCAACGUCUCCUACCCAGUGCCCACUUGGAUACUGGCACUCUCCUUGAGCCUGGCUGGAGCCCUCCUUCUCCUUGCUGGGCUGGUGGCCAUUGCCGUGGUGGUCAGGAAAGUUAAAGUAAAAAAAUUGCAGGAGAAAAGACAGCGAGAAUCCUGCUGGGUUCAGAUCAACUUCGCCACCACAGAUAUGACCUUUGAUAACUCUCUGUUUGCCAUCUCCAUGAAAAUGAAUCCAGAAGAAGAUGCAACCACUCUAGAUGCGUGCUCAGGCUCCACCGAGACACCUGGCAGCUCUGGGCCCCGGAAAAGGCCCACCUCCACAUCAUCCUCGCCUGAGCCCCCCGAAUUCAGCACUUUCCGGGCCUGCCAGUGAGGCUGAGGACCGGGCGCCCCUCCGUGUCUGUGUGUUCUCCAUUCAGCCG